ACGUUAAGUAUGGCAGCACCGGCGCAUGGUGUGUGUGGAUGAAUGGACAGGGAUAGGAUAGGUGGGCGUCCAUCUUGAAAUUUUACUGGGUUUGAGCCGGUUUAGUUUUAAUAAAAGUGAAUUUUGUAGUUUAGAUAUCAGUUAAUUAUUAGUUUUGAAAAAGUUCCAUGUAUGCUGUAAUUAUUUUAUAGCUUAAUAUAGGAUUAACCACAGUAAUGUUUUAGUAUCACUACUCAAGACAUACGCGAUUUCCGGAAAGACUAUCGCUGAUAAAACCUUAGGUGGGCAUAGGCAUAGUACGAUGGCAGUACCUAGUAGAGCGAGGGUAUAUGCCGAUGUGAAUUCACAGCGUCCCAGAGAGUACUGGGAUUAUGAAAGCUAUGUAGUUGAUUGGGGUAACCAGGAAGAUUAUCAGUUAGUCCGCAAGCUAGGCCGCGGAAAAUACAGUGAAGUAUUUGAGGCAAUAAAUAUCACAAACAAUGAGAAAUGUGUAGUUAAAAUAUUAAAACCUGUUAAAAAGAAGAAGAUAAAAAGAGAAAUAAAAAUACUAGAAAACUUAAGAGGAGGCACAAAUAUAAUAACAUUACAGGCUGUAGUCAAAGAUCCUGUGUCUCGUACUCCGGCACUUAUUUUUGAACAUGUGAACAAUACUGAUUUUAAACAGCUGUAUCAAACACUUUCUGAUUAUGACAUAAGGUAUUACUUGUAUGAGCUUUUGAAGGCAUUAGAUUACUGCCACAGUAUGGGCAUAAUGCAUAGAGAUGUAAAGCCUCACAAUGUCAUGAUUGAUCAUGACCACAGAAAAUUACGCCUGAUUGACUGGGGGUUAGCUGAGUUCUAUCACCCAGGACAAGACUAUAAUGUCCGUGUGGCAUCAAGAUACUUUAAGGGUCCUGAACUCUUGGUAGAUUAUCAAAUGUAUGAUUAUUCUUUGGACAUGUGGUCAUUAGGAUGCAUGUUGGCAUCAAUGAUUUUCCGUAAAGAACCAUUCUUCCAUGGUCAUGAUAAUUAUGAUCAACUUGUGCGUAUUGCAAAAGUGCUGGGCACUGAAGAGCUAUUUGAAUAUUUGGACAAAUACCAUAUAGAAUUGGAUCCACGGUUUAAUGAUAUUCUUGGAAGGCAUUCGCGUAAACGAUGGGAGAGAUUUAUACAUUCAGAAAAUCAGCACUUAGUGUCUCCUGAAGCUUUAGAUUUUCUUGAUCGUCUCUUGCGCUAUGACCAUUAUGAGCGUUAUACUGCUCGUGAAGCUAUGGAUCACCCCUAUUUCUAUCCAAUAGUAAAGGAACAAGGCCGAAUGGCAUCUUCCAACUCUCCAACUCCUAACGCAUUGCAAGGACCAGUAAAUACAACAGAGUAAUAAUUAGAGCAAGUAACGCUCUUUGUAAUGCUAUGUAUUGAUAUAUACUUGUACAAGAUUCCAGAAGAGAUAUUGUCAGAACACCUGAAGCCACUGUUGGUGUAAAUACACAUGAGACAGUGAAAUAUAUACCUGCUCUAACCAACCGACAAUUAUUGGUGUAAUUCCAAUGGAAAUAUAAUUUGGAAAGACAAUAUAAUUUAGUGUUUAAAAUUAGUAAAUCUGGUUCAUUGUUUUAAAGUGUUUUAUCUCUGAUACAAACUGCUAAAACAAUUGCGUGGAAGUGUUCAUAUACUCAUGUUAUUGAGUAUCUUGUGGUGGGUGGGAAAAAUUGUCCAAGUAAAAACUGAAUCAUCUGAUUUUUUUUAUAUGAAAUUCAAUAUUAAUUUUAAUCAGGUAAAGAUCAACAUGAAGUUCCAUUGCACUUGAUCUUUUGCAUUUAUUAACCUAUGGUAUUGAUAUUGUAAUUACUUGUAUAAUAUUGGUAACACCUGCAUACCAUUUGCAAAUACUGGUUAGCAGCUUUUCGUUGGUACUCUCCCUAUUUAAAAUUUUGUAUUUAUGUAAUAGAAGUAAAAUGUAGAUAUGUGUGAUAUAAAUACAAAAUUUUAAUAUGAUUAAUUGAUCGUUUUCUUUUAUUAUUACUUAUUUCAUAAAGGAGACCAGUAACUCUUUAUUAGAUGAAGGUGGUUUAAAAUAUUGUUUCUAAUUAGAAUAUUUUUAAUAAGUUAAAUUAGUUGUCUUUAUACAUAAUAUACCUAGCUAAAAUCGUCUCAUAUCUUGAAGUUAAAGUGAGCCUCAUUGAGUAUAAUUUAUUUUAGUGUGAUAACUUCAAGUUGUUGCAUAAAAGUUUUCUUAAAUAAACAGUACUAACUUUGCCUGGAAUUUUUUUCGAUUAUUUAUCUAUGAUACUUUAUAAUUUCUUUUAAAUCAGCGUACUUUCAUUGUCACAAAAAUACUUAAUACCUAGUCGGCGGAGAGCGCGGCUCUACGCUCAAGUAAAAGUGCGUCUUCUGCCAACUGCUUAUUUAUGCGUCAAGCUGCGGUUACUCGAAAAUGUACUAAAUUUAGUAUUUAUAGGUUGAUCCAAAAAUUCAACAUAUUAGGAAAUAUGUUAAAAUAGGUAUAAAUUACAUUAUUGUGUUUUAUGCAUAUGAUUUUUCAUAUAGAUUAAUAUGCUUGAAAGACCUGAUGUAAAAAUUGGCUAAAGUGAUCGCCAUUUUGAUGUUUUUUGUUUAAAGAUUCGGGCGACUGCGCUGUCUACAAAAUGCAUAUUGCUAUAAUCGGGGCAAUGUGUGACCCGCUUUGAUUUUCUUAGUAACUAUAUAUACUCUAUUUAUGAAAUCUACACAUGGGGAGCUUGUCCUUAGUUGUGAGUUUAGUCAUCGGCAUUUUAGCCUUCUCGUCUUUGAUUGAAGUUAGGGGAAUAAAGAGAUUUGCAUAGAAUCUAUUUUUAAUUAUUACCCUUAAAUAAAAACAAUGGCGACCACUUUGCAAUUACCUGUACCAAUAUCUAGAUAUUAUCUUUGUUAAGUCUACAAGGAUGCACAUGAAUCGAUUGUGAUAUCGAUAAGUUUCAAAAUAAAAAUAAAAAACAAAACGAC